GGAGGCGGCGCCCAAUCGGAAGGUCGGGGCUGCUGUCAGUGGCGGCGGCGGCGGCCAAUGGGAGCGGGCGGCGGCCGGCGGUGGCUGCGGCGCUGGGCGAGCGGGAGCGGGACGAGGCACCGCCGCGAUGCCGGCCGUGUCUAAGGGCGACGGGAUGCGGGGGCUGGCGGUCUUCAUCUCCGACAUCCGCAACUGUAAGAGCAAAGAGGCCGAGAUCAAGCGCAUCAACAAGGAGCUGGCCAACAUCCGCUCCAAGUUCAAGGGGGACAAAGCCCUGGACGGUUACAGCAAGAAGAAGUACGUCUGCAAGCUGCUCUUCAUCUUCCUCCUGGGCCACGACAUCGACUUCGGGCACAUGGAGGCCGUCAACCUGCUCAGCUCCAACAAAUACACCGAGAAGCAGAUCGGCUACCUGUUCAUCUCGGUGCUGGUGAACUCCAACAGCGAACUGAUCCGGCUCAUCAACAACGGCAUCAAGAACGACCUGGCCAGUCGCAACCCGACGUUCAUGUGCCUGGCGCUGCACUGCAUCGCCAACGUCGGCAGCCGCGAGAUGGCCGAGGCCUUCGCCGCCGAGGUGCCGCGCGUCCUGGUGGCGGGGGACACGAUGGACAGCGUGAAGCAGAGCGCGGCGCUCUGCCUGCUGCGCCUGCACAAGGCCUGCCCCGACCUCGUCCCCGGCGGCGAGUGGACGGCGCGUGUCGUGCACCUGCUCAACGACCAGCACAUGGGGGUGGUGACGGCCGCCGUCAGCCUCAUCACCUGCCUCUGCAAGAAAAGCCCCGACGACUUCAAGACCUGCGUCUCCCUCGCCGUGUCCCGCCUCAGCCGGAUCGUCUCCUCGGCCUCCACCGACCUGCAGGAUUAUACCUACUACUUCGUCCCGGCCCCGUGGCUCUCGGUGAAGCUGCUGCGCCUGCUCCAGUGCUACCCCCCCCCGGAGGAGGCGGCGGUGAAGGGGCGGCUGGUGGAGUGCCUGGAGACGGUGCUCAACAAGGCGCAGGAGCCGCCCAAGUCCAAGAAGGUGCAGCACUCCAACGCCAAGAACGCCAUCCUCUUCGAGGCCAUCGGCCUCAUCAUCCACUACGACAGUGAGCCCAACCUGCUGGUGCGGGCGUGCAACCAGCUGGGGCAGUUCCUGCAGCACCGGGAGACCAACCUGCGCUACCUGGCGCUGGAGUCCAUGUGCGCCCUGGCCGGCUCCGAGUUCUCCCACGAGGCCGUCAAGACCCACAUCGACACCGUCAUCGCGGCCCUCAAGACGGAGCGGGACGUGAGCGUGCGGCAGCGCGCGGCCGACCUGCUGUACGCCAUGUGCGACCGCGGCACCGCCCAGCAGAUCGUGGCCGAGAUGCUGAGCUACCUCGAGACGGCCGACUACGCCAUCCGCGAGGAGAUCGUGCUGAAGGUGGCCAUCCUGGCGGAGAAGUACGCGGUGGAUUACAGCUGGUACGUGGACACCAUCCUCAACCUGAUCCGCAUCGCCGGCGACUACGUCAGCGAGGAGGUCUGGUACCGCGUCAUCCAGAUCGUCGUCAACCGCGACGACGUCCAGGGCUACGCCGCCAAGACCGUCUUCGAGGCCCUGCAGGCGCCCGCGUGCCACGAGAACAUGGUCAAGGUCGGGGGCUACGUCCUGGGGGAGUUCGGCAACCUCAUCGCGGGGGACCCCCGCUCCAGCCCGCUGGUGCAGUUCGGGCUGCUGCACUCCAAGUUCCACCUCUGCAGCGUCCCCACCCGGGCCCUGCUCCUCUCCUCCUACAUCAAGUUCAUCAACCUCUUCCCCGAGACCAAGGGCACCAUCCAGGAGGUGCUGCGGGCCGGCAGCCAGCUGCGCAACGCCGACGUGGAGCUGCAGCAGCGCGCCGUCGAGUACCUCACGCUCAGCUCCGUCGCCAGCACCGACGUCCUCGUGAGUCUGGGGGCGUUUUGGGGGCGUUUGGGACAUUUUGGGGGUGUUUUGGGGUCAUUUUGGGACAUUUUGGGGACUCGGGGACGGGGCACGUGGAGCUACAGGAUCCCUGGCGCCGACGCGGAGCUGGAGCAGCACCGUCGGGUGCCUCGAGCUCAGCUCCAGCCUCAGCACCGACGUCCUGGUGAGUCUGGGGGCGUUUUGGGGUCAUUUUGGGACAUUUUGGGGGUGGUUUUGGGGUCAUUUUGGGACAUUUUGGGGACGUUUGGGGACUCGGGGAUGGGGCACGUGGAGCUACGGGAUCCCGGCGCUGACAUGGAGCUGCAGCAGCGCCGUUGGGUGCCUCGAGCUCAGCUCCAGCCUCAGCACUGACGUCCUGGUGAGUCUGGGGGCGUUUUGGGGUCAUUUUGGGACAUUUUGGGGGUGUUUUGGGGUCAUUUUGGGACAUUUUGGGGACGUUUGGGGACUCGGGGAUGGGGCACGUGGAGCUACGGGAUCCCGGCGCUGACAUGGAGCUGCAGCAGCGCCGUUGGGUGCCUCGAGCUCAGCUCCAGCCUCAGCACUGACGUCCUGGUGAGUCUGGGGGCGUUUUGGGGUCAUUUUGGGGUUAUUUAGGGGCGUUUUGGGGUCAUUUUGGGACAUUUUGGGGACUCGGGGAUGGGGCACGUGGAGCUACGGGAUCCCGGUGCCGACGCGGAGCUGGAGCAGCGCCGUUGGGUGCCUCGAGCUCAGCUCCAGCCUCAGCACCAACGUCCUCGUGAGUCUGGGGGCGUUUUGGGGUCAUUUUGGGGUUAUUUGGGGUCAUUUUGGGACGUUUUGGGGACGUUUUGGGGACAUUUUGGGGACGUUUUGGGCCACGGUGGGGGGACACGGGGCCAAUUGGGGGGUGCCCCAAGCCAUGUCCCCCCUCCCCCGGCGCUGCAGCAGCCCCCACGUCAUGGUGAGUCUGGGGGGGACGGGGGGGGGG